AUGAAUUUGUCUGACAAUACACUCAACUUAUGGAAUGGUUUCGAUGUAAGUCCGGGAGGUUACACCAUAGAGAAUUGGUAUGAAGUAAGCAAUCAAUUGGAUUGGAUUUGGUAUUUGCAUUGCUAUGCAUUCGCGUCGCUAUACUUUGCCCUCUCGUCCAUUACACUGAUCUCAGUGUUAAGACUGCGGACAGCUCUAUACCUAUAUAUAGAUCCAUACGGAUCGAAAAAUUGCUUCAAAAUUCAUUAA